AGCUACCCCAACGGAGAGACACGCCGAGACGCCCCUGCCAUCGGGAGCCCUUCGGUCUCAGCUCGGUUAGAAAUUUGGCUGAAAAGGUGGAGGGCCCGGAGACGCAAGAAGCUAAGGAGUCGGUGAACGGCUCAAGGGCCGAGGUCGGACCGGACGUUGCCUCAAAACUGAGCAGUUUGUUCGCCGGACUUCCCAGUUUGGCGGGUCCCCAACGCCUCGCCAGUUCCCUCAGGCAGAAAUUCGCCAAUAACUCUGGUUACCCCCGGCCCGGCCUGAUGCGCGCCGCCUCAAUCGCGACGAUCACUUCGUCACGAUCACUCCCAAGGUCGCAUCAAGUGAUCGCGUUUAGUUCCACUUGCUAGACCCUGGAAGACGUUCCUGCUCUAUUAAAGGCGGAUAUCUAAAGCGACCACCAUGACGACAAUACCGAUACUCAACAUUGAGCUCAGCGAGCUCAAGGAGAUCAUAUGGACGAAGUUGCAGGAACCGAAAGCUCAGCGGAAGCUGGUUCUGAUUAUCGUAUCGAUAGCUCUGCUGCUCGAUAACAUGCUGUACAUGGUGAUAGUGCCGAUCAUACCUGAUUACCUGAAGUACGUCGGUGCAUUCGGAGACGACGUCGAUGUGGUUAACACCACGGGGCCGCCUUCGCAUCAUGGUCAAGACUCAGCUACGGGAGUGUUGUUCGCAUCGAAAGCUAUCGUUCAGCUGAUGGUGAACCCAUUUUCUGGCGCUCUGAUAGACAGAAUCGGCUACGACAUACCUAUGAUGAUAGGGCUUUGCAUAAUGUUCCUGUCAACGGCUGUCUUCGCCUGCGGCCGAAGUUACAGUGUUCUGUUCUUCGCCAGAAGCCUCCAGGGGGUGGGUUCCGCGUUCGCGGACACCAGUGGCUUGGCCAUGAUAGCGGAUCGUUACACGGAGGAGUCAGAGCGCUCGAAAGCCCUCGGUAUCGCGUUAGCUUUCAUUAGUUUCGGCUGUCUGGUAGCUCCACCCUUUGGCGGUGCUCUGUAUCAGUUCGCUGGCAAAGAGGUGCCCUUUUUGAUACUCGCGUUCAUCAGUCUCGCUGACGGAGUAAUGCUCCUGUUGGUAAUGAAGCCACUGAGGGAACAAGUGAAAGAGAGGCAAGAAACGCGGCAGACGAUACCGAUAUGGCGGCUGCUCAUGGAUCCCUACAUCGCUGUAUGCGCGGGCGCUUUGAUGAUGUCCAACGUCGCCUUGGCUUUCUUGGAACCGACGAUCUCGUUGUGGAUGGAGGAUAAUAUAACGCACGAUAACUGGAAAAUGGGAAUGAUUUGGUUACCGGCGUUCUUCCCUCACGUGAUUGGUGUUAUGAUUACGGUAAAGAUGGCCAAACAGUAUCCUCAACACCAAUGGCUGAUGGCCGCGUCUGGCCUUGCGUUGGAAGGCCUAUGCUGCUUCAUAAUACCUUUCUGCACGUCCUAUGAGGUUCUCAUGAUUCCGUUGUGCGGCAUCUGCUUCGGCAUAGCCCUUAUUGACACCGCCUUGCUCCCGACCCUGGGCUACCUGGUAGACGUGAGGUACGUCUCUGUCUACGGUAGCAUCUACGCCAUAGCUGACAUCUCGUACAGCGUGGCGUACGCGGUAGGACCUAUCAUAGCCGGUGGUGUCGUAGAGGCGAUCGGAUUCACCGCUCUCAACAUUGGCAUAGCCUUCUCGAACCUGCUGUACGCGCCUGUGCUGAUGUACCUCAGGCACAUCUACGACUUCAAGCCGUUCCAGGACGAGGCAGACGUUCUCAUGCAGAAUCCACCCGACAAGGAGUAUCAGACGUACGUGUUGCAGGAGCAGAGGCCACUGUCAGGCGAGGUAGGCAAUCACCUGAAUCAAACGCGUAUGGAGACGAACGUGGAUCAAGGCUACGAUCAGAAUUACCAAGCGGGCCAGAAUUACGAUCAGAGUGGAUACGGUCAGAAUAUCAGUACUGCCGGGUACACUCAAGCCUCAGGGGGUUACGAGCAACCGCCUAUGUACGAACAACCGGCUAAUUACGGUCAGCAGCCUACGGGUUACGCUCAGCAGAGACCUUACGGACAAGAACCGCAGGCAGGAGGUCAAGUAGACGUGAAUCCAUUCAGGAGACCUCCUAACGUCGAUCAGAAGCCUGCCGGCGAUAGCAAUCCAUUCAGACAAGGAAUGUAUUAAUGCGGUCUAUCAGGCUGCAUAGUUUAUCGGGUAUUCGUGAUCGUUCUCCAUCGAAUAUA